UUUGUCAAAGGUUAAAAAAAACAAAGAAAAUGUAGAAACGAAAAAAAAAUUGUACCGACCGUAAAAAAAAAGCAGAAUUUUUUUUAAUUUUUUCAAAUCGUCCGUCUGCCACAUCAAAAAAACCAGCUUUACCUUUACAAAUCAGUCCACCACACACCACUCUGUCUCUCUCCCCCUCUCUCUCCAGCUCAAAGAUUUCAUUUUUGGGAAAGAUCCAUUUUUUAAUCUUAAUUUUGAGAAAUAUAGUGAGAGUUAGGCGGAAAAAUGAGUGAAGAGACGAAGAGGAGCGGCGCCGGUGCAGUGGUGGCGCCGCUUAUGUCUUCCUCCGACGAUCGAAAAUCCUCGUCCGGAUCGAAUCCCAGCAAGAAAGUCAUCGUUAAGAGCGCAGAUAUGAACGAGGACAUGCAGAAAGAAGCCAUCGACAUUGCGGUUGCUGCGUUUGAGAAUUUUAAUGUGGAGAAGGAUGUGGCAGAGCACAUAAAGAAGAUGUUCGACAAAAAAUAUGGCCCAACUUGGCAUUGCAUCGUCGGCAAAAACUUCGGUAUAGAACUUCGAAACUUGUUCCUAUGUGACUCACGAGACAAAUCACUUUGUCUACUUCUAUCUGGACUCAAAAGCAAUACUCCUGUUCAAAUCUGGCUGAGCUGUUAUAUGAGGUGACGUGAAUUGUGACCGAAAAUGACGAAUACCGAACAAGAUAAGACGUCACGAUAUGUGUUUUGUAUUUAUUGUGUCAAGAUCAUCACUUGUCUUUUGAAGACUCAUGCUUGUAAAUUUUUCCUGAAUUUACUUGAGAUGUAAAACAGAUGGGUUUAUUUUCAUCAUGGCUUUGUGCUGUUUACUCGAUCAAUCAAAUUGANGAUGAUGAGAUGAA